AUGGCUGACAAGAUGGAUCGCGGCCUUGAUGAGAUCAUUGCUGAUACUCGCUCCAAUCGACCUCGCAACAACAACAACAACAACCGUGGUCAGGGUCGCCGACGUGAACCCCGUAAUGAUUUCCCUCGCGAUGGUGUCAGAAAGGUUGACCUCCCUCGCCCUCCAAUGAUGCCUAGUCGACCUGUACAACCCUCCUCGCAACUCGUCCUUUCGGUGCUCGGAGCUCUUUAUGUUCGCGACGAAUCACGAAACCUCGACAGUGAAUGGGUCCAUGACCGAUUUGAGGAAAACAACAAUCGCAGAGCACCUGCUCCUCGUCGUCGCCGCGACUCCCCAGACCAGGAGUCCAAGGGCGCAAAGAUCCGUGUCGAUAACAUCCACUACGACCUUACCGAGGAUGACCUCGAGGAGCUUUUUCGAAGAAUUGGACCUGUCACCCGUCUACAGCUGCGCUAUGACCGCUCUGGUCGGUCUGAAGGUACCGCCUACGUAACCUACGAAUCGAAGGAAGAUGCUCAGGAGGCGGUCAAGCAGUUUGAUGGUGCAAAUGCCAACGGUCAACCUAUUCGAUUGGCCCUCCUACCUAACCGAAACCCCUUUGAUACUGCCAUUAUGCCUGGUCGUCCAUUGGCGGAACGUAUCUCGAGCCCAGGAGACAGAAGAUCUCAUUCACCCCACCGCCGGUAUGACGACGACGAUGCUGCCCGCAGGGGAAUUGACAGAUACACUCCCGGUCAGGGUGCUCGACGUAGCCCCAUGCCCCGUGGCGGACGCGGUCAAGGCCGUGGUCAAGGUCAAGGUCAGGAUCGAGGUGGUCGUCGUCCUGGAGCUCGGCGCGAGGGAAGAGAGGGAGGCCGAGAUGGAGGCAGAGAUCAGGAGAGUGGUCGCGGCGGACGAGGCAACCCUCGUGCCAAGAAGACGCAGGAGGAGCUGGACGCCGAGAUGGCGGAUUACUUUGGCGGAGAGAGUGCGCAGGCCGCAGAGCCCAGCAACCAGCAGGAUGCGCCUCCUGCUCAGGCACCUGCAGCUGCACCUGCACAGGCCCAGGCGCAAGCUGCUACUGACGAUAUCGACAUGAUUGAGUAG